AUGAGUAGUACCACAAAUUUAAACUAUAUAUCUCAACAACUAAAUAUUUAUUUGGGUAUAAGUAUGUUCAUUUUCGGUCUAAUUGGAUGUCUAUGGAAUAUGCUCACAUUUCGUCACUAUUCUCUUCGUUUAAGUUCAUGUUGUGUAUAUAUGUUAAUCAGUGCUUUAGCAAGUUUGAUUCAAAUAAUAUUUGGUUUAUUAAUUCGAAUCUUAUCGGAAGGUUUUCAACUUGAUUGGACAUGGAGCAAUAUAGCAUGGUGUAAAAUUCGAAAUUAUAUAACAUUUUGUGCAUCUUCAAUAUCUCUUUCGUGCAUCGUAUGGGCAACAAUUGAUCGAUUUCUUUCUACAUGUCGUCAAAUAAAAUGGCGUUCUUUUAAUUCAGUGUAUAUAGCUCAAGGAGUCUGUUUAUUAACAACAAUUAUAUGGAUGUUAGCAGGAAUUCCAAGUAUUAUUUAUAUGCAACCGAUACAAACACGACGAACAUGUGCCAGUUCAUCGUUUGUCUGGUCGACAGUAUCAACAUAUGUUUUUCAUUUAUUAGGCUACGGAAUAUGUCCAUGGUUAUUCAUGAGCAUAUUUGGACUAUUGACUUUGAAAAAUGCGCGUCGAAAUCGUGCUCAACGUAUUAAUCCAAUACCUGCAACAUUUCUAACACGUACGGCACGUGUUGAUAAUCAAUUAACAUUAGUAUUAUUAUUUCAAAUAAUUGUAACAAUAAUAUCAUCAAUACCUUAUUGUGUUCAAAAUAUUUAUGAUAGUUUAACACAAACAGUAAUUAAAACUGAAUAUCGUCGAGCACAAGAAUAUCUUCUUCUUCAAAUAGUUCGUCUUCUUUUUUAUUUUAAUUAUAUAUCAAUGUUCUAUCUCAAUUAUUUAUCAUCGUCAAUACUUAGAAAUCUAUCAAAAAAAGUUUUAAUUAAUUUAUUCAAGAAUAAACAUGAUAUAUCAAGAGAAAUAACAAUAAUCAAUCAUCAAAAUAAUGAAAAACAAAUACGACAAAGACAACAAUUGAAUAUUGCAACAAUUCAGACACUUCGUACUAAUACACUUGUUUAA